GCGAGUCCGUCAUAUAUGAUGUCAUGCAGGUCCUGAGAGCCAUUUUAACUGCUGGAUUAUUCAUUGCUGGUAAGUUAUCGUAAACAUUUAUUGUUUAGAUUAUUAAUGUUGGUAAAAAAACCACCAUAGCAUCAUCCGAGUCACAUUCGUAGGGUAAAUUUUUUUUAUUGUACUUCAUUUUUUUCUGAAUUUAAGUUGAUUUUUCUUUUAAAUUAUAAUGAUGUAUAUAUUUUUUUAAAUCAAUUUCUCAAAAAUUAUAUUUAACAUAAUAUUGAAUCAAAUUCUAAAUAAAGAGUCAGGAUUAUUUGUCAAUUUUUCAAGAAACUAUCUAGACUAAACUGUAACUUUGAAUUUGCAGACUUUAAAAACAAAAAAACAACAACAACAAAAAACAAAAAAACAAAAACAUUUAACAAAAAAUACACAUGUUCAUAUAAUAUUCUAUGUAUUUUCUUGUUUCUCUGUACUUCUAAGCACAAUUUAAGCGCUUUAUUUAAUGAUGCCAUUAACCACAGCUGGCAUCUUUUAGUGUAAUCAUAAUGUCCUCCCUCACCCACCCCAACCUUGAAUAUAUAAGGGCUAUAAAUGACCAACAUUAUCGUGAGUGAGACGUAUAUAUCUGCUUAAAACGUAUGCGUUUUGUCCCCAUUCAUUUAAUAUCCUCGAGAAAUGAUGACGUCAUGUACGCAUUUUGGUUGCUGGUGUUUUCUACAUGAAGUCGAUUUCAUCCUAGGAGACUUUAUUUUACCGAAAACUAUUAGCAUAUUAAAAGAACACUGCGAUUUUGCAAUUGUUGCUAAUUAAACAGUGUUUAGCAAGUCGUUGUUUUAAUGAACGUUUGUCGUAUCCUAUGUGUGAUUGAAACAAAAGGCGUAUCCAUAAUGUGGAAAAGAUUAGCUUUAUCCAUUAUCACCUAUCGAUGACUCUUUACCUACCAGGAAUAAAAAUUUCGAUUUCCUACAAAUUUUGUCAGUCCUUACCGACUGUACAAGUGACAAUUUUAAAUUAUAUUUGAUAUGCAGGUAUGAAUGUGGCCUUCUAAGUCUAAAGUUGCAAGAACAGGCCUUGAUUGGUCUGUGCAAUUUUAGCCACAAACUGAAAGGGCGAUUGCACUUUUUUAAAAAUAGGAUUACUUAAAUUGUAUUAUCUUAAAAGAAGGAAACUUAAGAGUAGUCUAUAUUUUAACUAAACGUACCUCAGGUUAUCACCCUAAGAACAAAUUAUUCAGAAUAUAGCCAGAUGUUAUGUAAGAAUUAAAAAAAAAUGAGUUAAUUCAAUCUAAAUGUUUUCUAAACUCAUUAGUGUAACAAUAACAUCUUAUCUAGGCCUAGAAGACAUGCAAGUCUUAUGAGGCUGCCUGAUUUGGUGCAUCAUUUUCUUAGAGUUAGUGUUUUGCAUUUCCCACUUUUUUUUUUCCCAGCUCAGUGUCAACUCUUUGACAGGUCAGAGUUUGGAGACGGAGGGUCAUUCAAUCUGACAUGCGACGUCGGCCGGAUUGGCAAUGUUCCAACGUCUGUAACAAAAAUUUAUUUUCUGUCCAUUGACAAAGCUGUGGUUGCAAGUACAAAUGUUACACUCAUUGCUGUAUACUCAUCGGUUCCUUCGGAAUACCUUGAAAGGGUAAUAUUUUCAGUCAUGAUAUCAUCAUUCAUGAUCAAAUCAUUCAUGAUGUCAUCGUUCAUAAUCUCAUCUUUCAUGAUCACAUCGUUCAUAAUCUCACCAUUCAAGAUCUCAUCCUUCAUUACAGCCACCUCUUCAUAUCUCAAUCUUAUUUCUCACUACAUUUUAGAAAAGUUGUACGAACUUUAUCAAUGUGCUGUUCACCACUACAGAGUUAAUUUAAGAAGUCUUUUAUUUAUUUGUACAUUUGUUUUAUAGUUUAAGGUAAACACUUAACUGCCUGCAUUCAUGUGUCUACGUUUGUAAUUGUUCAUCAUUGUUUUUCUUCUCAAUCAUUUUGGACCCAAUGUAUGAAUCUGAAAUUACUUUUAAAGUUUCAUAAUUAAUCCUGUAGUACUUGCUUUGAAAAGUAUUUGGAGAUUUUCAGAUUUAUUUUUCAGAACAACCUUAGAAGGUUUUUUUAAAAAAAAUUACUGUUUAUAUCAAUAAUAUAUUUUUAAAAAAAAUCUUUUUCAUCAUGUAUUUAUGUGGGUUUUUUUUUCUUCAGUUUAUUCCAAAUGGUAGGUCAUGGGUCAUUGAAGCAGCCGGCGGCACAGGCGCCGACAACAGGGCAACGAUAACACUGACACUUAAUGUGCCAGAUGCUCAAUGUUCUGAUGCCGGAUUAUACAAAUGUAGCGCUGGCUUUCAUCCAACAGAUGGCGGUACAGUAGCCAGCUGCUCUCAGAAUAUUAAAUUUAAAGGUCAGUUUUUUUUUUCAUUGCUCUUGUUUACAUGACAGGCCUCGUGUUCCGAUUUAGAGAGCUUGUGUAGGACGUCUUAUGAAAUCAUUCGUCUCUACCCUUCCUGUUUGAUUCUCGACGGCCUUACUGUUUGCAACAGUUUGUGACAAGAGGCAAUUUUCCUAGUGAAGAUUUUGAGUUUUUUUAAUAAAAAAAUUGAUUACUCUGAACCACAUUCUUUUGAAUGUCAAUAAUAUAAAUUCCCAUAAUGCUAUGUAAAUCCAAGCAUCUAUUUUGUUGUCGUAUUUGACAUCGUGUAUGCCAAUGCAAGCUGGAUACUACGUUGUUACAGUUCAUAAUGAUACGAUUCUCGCUACAGCCAUCUUUCUUUCAUUAUUUUGAGUGAGAUAGUUUGUGAGAGAGUGAUAGAAAAGAUAAUAGGAAUUUUAAAAAAAUGUUUUAUUUUGUAUAAUCAAUACUAAGUUUUGUGGGGGGGGGGGGUUGAUUCCGCCAUGGGUUGUUUGGUCUUUACUAAGUUAAUGAUCCAUACCAGUGGUGCUGUCCUUACUGGUCGUAGGAGCCCAUAUCUUCCGGUUCUUUGUGUCCUUUCAAAUGUGUUCGAACUUUCGUCGUGGGACAACCAAGCAUUCAACUGUGUCAAUGUUAGUGGUGUUGUAUUUUUUUUAUACCUUAAUCUUCAAUGCACCGUGUUCUAAAUAUUACCUUCACAUCUUUUGAACGUAAACGCGACAAAAUUUAUCCUAGAGCUUUUUUGAAGACCAUCCUGAUUUUAAAAUGUGUAAAUUUGAUAGAUUUGUUUUGUUUGUUUAUGUUUUUGUUGAAUCAAAGUAUUCCAUUGAAAACAGUUCAAAUAUUCUCGUAAGACAAAAAAAGUUCUUUCGUAUAUAAAAAUCACUGAGAGUGAGAACAGGCCAACAACACCUAGGAAAUCCUGGGCACCAGACAGCUGACAGAGUUCGGGCCCCUUUCAUGUUUCAAACAUUUUUUAAAAAAUCGAAAAAGUGCGGGCCCCUAUCUAACUCAGGCCUCUGACAAGUGCCAUGCCCCCCUUCCCCCCCCCCCUCGUAAUUGCGGACCUGAUGAGAGCGCUAUAGUACAAAACAUGAUAUAUUUGCAUAGUAUAUGUGAUGCCAAAGUAUUAUAAGUUAUUUACCACAUGGCCCCUUUCAUUUUUCAAACAAUUUUUAAAAAAACCAAAAAGUGCGGGGCCCUAACCAACUCCGGCCCCUGACAAAGUCCCUGCCCCCCCUCCCCCCCCCCCCUCGUAAUUGCGGACCUGAUGAGAGCGCUAUAGUACAAAACAUGAUAUAUUUGCAUAGUAUAUGUGAUGCCAAAGUAUUAUAAGUUAUUUACCACAUACAACAGCAUAGUAAAACAUGCGUCACUUAAUACAGACAUGAAUUUUGAUACCCUUGGGCCAUUGGUUGAUCUCACCCAAAGUCACCAAUCCAUUCUGCACUUUCAAAAUGAAUAUGAAUUUUGCAGUUUUGUUUGAUGAAGGUUAUUUUUAACAUCUACCGAUGUAUUAUAGUAAAUUAAAAAUAAACUAAUUUAUUCCUUAUGCUAAAAACAAUCAAGAAACAAAACAAGAAAGCAAGUAAACUAGACAGGAAUGGGGGAAUUUAUUUAUAACAUUUUAGCACUCGGGUUAUUCAAAAGCUAAUUUCAAUGGUAGUGACCGAUUACUCAAUAAUCCUGAUGGGGCUCAAUAUUUGAUCAAUUUGUAUCGAACGGCCGAUCCCUGACAUCGGCCACAGCGGGUAAUGACUGACCAAAGUAGGACACGGUAAAUCUAGUCUUGAUUUUGAAAUCAUUUGGCACAAAAUAAUGACUCUGAACACCAUCAUUUUUUUUGUACAUAUAACUCUUUCACUUUUCUCAUUGUUACAAUAAGGCAACACGUCUUGACUUAGCACCUAUUCUUUAAAAUUCCGAAAUUUGAAAGCUACAAAGUCGGAAGAGGAAGAUGUGCCGCCUACCGAGCAGUCUCGGUAGGCGGCACACCUUCCUCUUCAUCAAACAAAACUGCAAAAUUCAUAUUCAGCACAUCAAUUUUUUUUCAAACGGGGAUUACAGUGGCGCAGUGGCUGAUCAAAGCUACUGAUACACUGUUCAUUUUAUUUCUUGUUCAAACCUCUGGGCCAAUUUGUGAAAUAGUCGACAUGCCCCCCCCCCCAUUUAAACUAUCUUUAAACAAAUUUGUGAAGAUAUCACUUGCCUAGUACGCUGUCCUUUGUUUAUUGUCCACAACAGCGAGAAUAGAAGCCCCUGUGCUUACAUUAGACCACCACAAUGGCAACCUUCCUGACUUAUCCACUAACACGGAGGGAGAGAUCGUCAAAUUAAGCUGUACAUUUGAGGUAACGGAAAAACAUGUAUUUUAAAAUCAAAUGUGUUUUUUAUGUUAUUAAAAAAAUGCGAAUUUUUAAAAACAUUCUCAUUUGUUAUACUUAAUGCUAACCAAAGUGUUUCUUUAGCAAUUGUUUACCGUCGUAAAGUAAAGUUUUGUAACGCGGAUUAUUUUGUUAGACAAAUCCAUUUCACUCAUUGUUAUAUACAAUUUCAUUAUAAUUUACAGUAUAUUUAUUUUAUAAGAUACAUAUUUUCACACAUAUACAUAGUUAAUCAGGUGAAAUCGAUUGUGACCAACUCAAUGAUUGUAUAUUUUAAUAGUGCACAUGAUUGUGGGUGCGAAGAUGUCCCAUGAGACAAAUUCUGGCACGAUGUGAAGCAAUUGCAUGGGACCUGCAGUUUCAGAAUUAACCAGGGCUUUCCUGGCAGGCCUGUUGUGCUCUUCAGCCGCUGUUCUGUUGGUUGAGUUGCUCCAUGUUGAAACGGAUCAAUUGUGUAAAGAAGAACGCCACAACCUUCAGUCAUUUGUCUCGUCACUUCCCAUGUCCGCAUCUAUAGCGAACGCUUUUGAGUGAGACGUGUGUCUUUAAAUCGUUGCUACUGUCCCCUAGCGAACCGCCCUCCAUGCUAGAGCUCACCAUAAAAUAUUUAUUUGGACGCGCGGUCCUCUGGCAUUUGUACAUUUCAUCCCGCCCAGGUAGCCUGGGACUGCAUUAAAGUGGCAAAAAUGCAGUGGAGACAUGCCUGUGAGAGUACAUCAGUGUCUGGGACCAUGUCCUGCCAUCCGAUGUUGAGGAUUGUCGUAUGACAGUGGGUGGUUCAACAUUGUAUGCACGGCGUUGAUGGAUCGUCCAUGUUUCAUAGGCGUGGAUAGGCGUAUGGAGGACAUCCGCCUUGUGUACCUUCAUUUUUGUUUGAGAGCUGGUGCCUCGCCUGGUCCAUAGAUUCAUAAACAAUCCGCCAUAGGUUGCACUGGCGCUCGCAGUUCUGGAGGUUAACCUCGCCAUCGAUGGUACCUCUUUGGGACAGUGUGAUGCCAAGGAAUGAGAUUCUGUUGACCACUUCAAGACUUUCGGCCACACACAUGUCGUACUUUCACGUCGGGCUCAGCCUUAGGACUUCAAGGAGCUGGUUGGGACUUCGAGGAGCUGGUUGGUAAAGGGCCUCAGUCUUUUGUGUGUUCAUGGUGACUUGGACGUGUCUCUGCAGGCAUUGAACAAAUCAAAACCCCAGCACUGCAUAUACCCUUAAAUUCCAGGGUCUAGAACACAAUAUAAUUUUAAAUUUACUUUUUUAAAUAUUUUGUUUACAAAUAUUACGAAUCCGAUACUCAAUCAGCUAUAAAACAAAUCAGUUGGUUCUUUUCGUAUACUUAAUCUUAUAUAAGGGUCCAGUGGGUCUCGGAUAUACUUGGUUGACCCUUCCCAGCGGAGGAACCAACCUUGUGCCCUAUCCGGUAGACCAUAAUGUUACGACGGUGACCCCAAGGCCUACCAGUGACACCUGUUCACGUGGCAAAUAUGAGUCAACCCUGGCUUUCAAGGUACCGGCUGUUGACACGAUAUACAUUUGUGUGGUGAAAGAUGGUGAUGAGGAAGCAAGCAGAAAGAAUUUCAAAAUUGUUAUUAAACCAAGUAGGUUAAACAAUUAUAAUUUUUAAAAAAAUUAGGUAUGAUUUGAUUUGUUAUGUAAUAUAUUUUAUAAAAUUCUCUUUUUAAAUAAUGACUAUAAAUCAUUGGCGGAUGUUUAAAAUUGUAGUUCGUCCUUGAAAAAAUGGAUUAAAAAAAAACUUUAAAAAAGUCGUAUUUGUGAUUGGCCUGAAUUUUGCUGUGGGUGAUUGGGAUGAAUCUGGAUGUGGGUGAUUGGGAUGAAUCUGGAUGUGGGUGAUUGGGAUGAAUCUGGAUGUGGGCGCAGGAGCUGAAUCUUUCUGUGGGUGAUGGAGUUAAAUGUGGCUGUGGGUCCUGGGGUUAGACGCUGGCAAUGGGUGCUGGUGCUGAAUCUUUUAGCGGGUGCCGGAGCUGUGUCUUGGUUAACUGUGAAAAGCUUUCAAUAGUGCUUUCAGUGUGUCUUUCAGUGUGUCUUUCAAACUUCUAUUCUGUACGCCCGCCCGCCCCACCCACCAAAUGAAUAAAACAUAAAUCAACCCGCUGGCUAUGCUUGAGUUCGCAAUCAAAUAUUUUUAUGUGCAAGCGGUCGCAUGACCUUCUCGCAAAACGCCAGACUUUGGCUGGAACUCUUGGACUGCAUUAUCCAGGGCCGUCUUAAGAACGUAGGGGGCCAUGGGCACAGCAAUGCACUGGGGCUCCCAGCAACUUAACACACCAGGGUCGUUAGAAGGGGGUGAAGUGGGGCACUCACCCCAUGGUCAAACAGUGGGGGGUGGAGGGGGCCGCAAACAGUUGUUGCUCCAAACCCAACUGACCAAGAGGAAUAACAUUGUAAAAUAAGGAUAAACAUUUAAUGAAGUUAAAAAUAAGUUAUAACUUAUUUUUAUUAAAAAAAAAUAAUAAUAAUUCCAGUGCAAUAUCGGUUUUAAAACAUUAUCAGCAAUGCAUUAUAAUUCAUCCCAAAUGAUGACCAAUUAUCAGGUUCUCCAUUUUAUUACUUUAUCUUUCUGCCUCACGCCUAGUUAUUUCUUUUCCUGAUCAGUGUCAGCUGAUACAGAGUCCAGAGCACCUUGUAAUUUUUUUUCUUUUGAAACGUUGACGGCAUCAAAAUGUGCCGACCAUCUUGUGUCAGACAGAUGCUUUACGACAACGAGAGAUUUUCCUAAGAUAAAACUAUGCAAACCUAAUUAUUCCAACUACCCAGUACAAUCGUAAUAUGUCCCGAUAAACUAGUCUUGUGAUAAACUUUUUCUUUGGUUUGCUUAAGACGCUUGAUUUUUUUUCCGAUCUCUUUUAAAAUAGUUUCUAUUUUUCAAAUAUCUUUGAUACUCUAGGCAACAAGGGCACGCGCUUGGGGAUCGUGG